AUGAAGGACGUCUCUGUGGAGAUUCCGCAAGGAAAGAGCCUUGGCCUUGUUGGGCACACGGGCUGUGGCAAGAGCACCAUGAUCAAGCUCAUUCUCAAGGAGUAUGGCAUUGAGCCUGGUGAGGGCGACCUCACCCUCGGCGGUAUCAACAUCAGGGACACAGGCAGAGUCAGACACACAGACAGACACACAGACACAUAUGCUCACGUCUCGACCACACUGCAUGCCCCCCCCCCCAAUCAGGUUGGCCUGCACGAGUUCCUUGAGAUGGGCGAGAAGGACAUGGUGAUGCUUGAGAAGAAGGCUGGCGACACAUCUGGCGGACAGCAGCAGCGCAUUGGUAUUGUCCGCGCCCUCCUCAGCCAGCCAAAGCUCAUGGUCCUCGACGAAAUCACAAGUGCGCUUGAUGGGUCGACGGAGGCUGCGGUGAUGCACCUGAUCCGCCAGCACGCCCGCGAGAACAACGCCACCACCAUCAUCAUCGCCCAUCGCUACGCCACCAUCGAGCACUGCGACGAAAUCCUCGUCAUCGAAGAAGGCGCUGUUGUUGAGCGCGGCACAUAUGACGAGCUCAAGUCUGACCCGCACGGCAAAUUCUACGCUCUGCUCAACACGGAGUAA